CGAGGCAGCGAAACAACAUAGUGCAAUGUUAUGCUGUGUAGAUUACGCUCAAGUACAUGCCUGUGCCUUGGGCUAGGAGGUCACUUGCCUAUCAAACGGGUCAACUUGCCAAAUGCUUUUUGCGCUGCUGGAGGUGGGGUGGGGGUGGUCGCAGAUGAUGGCAAUGGCCCGACCGGCGCCACCGCCUCGGGAACACCAACUGGUUGCACCAUCUCUCGUGAGUUGAUUCGAGAUGACUUGGCAACAUCUUGCUGCGUGAACGCCGCCAUGGAUUGUGCCUUUGAAAACUCCGUCGACUUCUUGGACGCGGAGGCCGUGCGGGCGUGCUGGAACUCGCCUUCUUCGUCAUCGGGCGGUGGAGACGCCGUUGGCACGGGUUGUUGCGACUUGAAAUCCAAUCGAACGGACGGCAGCAAGUGUGUGGAGCGACGACGUAUGUUCCAAAGCAAACUCGCGAGCUGAAACACGACAAUGACCUGGAGCGCUUCGUCGCACGAGUUGUCAAAAAGCAAGCAGCGAAUUUCAAAGCACGUUUUCGCGACCGUGACCAAGUGUUCGGGCUGCUCGGCUGCAUGCAACGCUUGGGUGAAGAGCGCAGCCGAGGCGUCAAGCUGCGACGCGUCGUACAAUGCAGCGUCGUCGGUCGGCGAGAUCAAGUACUUUGCCUUGUACUCCGCGACCGAAACCAAAAUAUCGGACGCCGCGACGAAGAUGAGCACGAGAAGCGCCAAAAAAGAUGGCCCGGUGCGGUCGUCGUGAACAGUCACGUGCACGUUGUCGACGACCGACGCCUGCAUCCGUGUGCGAGCUGUCGCGUCGCACAGGUCAACGUACGAGAUGGCUCCAUUGCAAAUCUGGCCUUGGUAUGCCGCGCACGUGGCGUCGCACGCUGCAAGAAGUGACGACGGCCACAGCGUCGCGUAGUACGUCAGGUUGCUCGCAAGGGACGAGCACACGUUCUGGCAGAGCGCCGCGGGCGGGUCAUCGCAAUGCGUACGGCGCAUUGCCGACUGCUCGUAAAACGUGCGGCACCGCGCGACAAAUGCUUGAUCUUGCGGCGACAAUGGAGGCGCGGGGUCGGCGCCCCCCAGGACAAACGAAUUCGACGCUGGUCGGGCCACGAGGCCGCGAAUGAUGAGGUACACGAUAGCAAACACGGUAAGGCCAUUGCGAAUGGCUUUGACCGUGACGAUCGGUCGCCAACCUGUCGCCGCUGAGCUCGACAUCGUGCCGUUGCUGCGGUAGAUUGUGGUUUGUGGGGG